CUUGGGAUUUUUCUACGAAUUUGAAUUAGUUGACAUAAACAAAUAUGCUCCAAUCUGAAUACUAAAAAUGUCUGACCAUGAAGAUAAUCUAGAUCCUAGUCAACAAAAAGAAGAUGAUAUUAGCCUUGAAGAUAAGAAUUCUAUUGAAAUAUUACCAGUUGAUGAUGACGAAUCUUCAAUAGUCGAGAAUAAAAAUCAAGAAGAGCAAGUUAUUGGUAAACUAGAAAGUGAUAAACCUAAACAAGAAGAUAUUUCCUCAUCUUCUAAUCAACAAGAACUGGUACCUAGUAACAAUUCAAUAAACCAUGUUAAUGAACAAACUCAACAACAACAACAACAAGAUCAAUAUGAAGAUGAUAAUAAUAAUAAUAAUAAUAAUAAUAAUAAUAAUAAUAAUAAUAAUGAUAAUCAUACUAAUAUGACACAAUCAAUAAAUGAACAAUCUAAAAAGAUGAUAGAUCCUGAAUUCUUUUAUAAUUAUACUGAUUAUAUUGUACAACCAAUGAUCCCUGAAAAUUCUGGUAUACCAAUAAAUCUUUUAAAAGUUUCACAUUUAUUCGGUAUGGAUGUAACACGUAGAGAGAAUAUACAAUUACUUCAUUAUAAUAAUAAUAAUCUAUUAUGUCAUAUAUAUGGUAAUUAUUUACAAAUAAUUAAUAUGGAUACAAAUGAUAUCAUAAUGAUACGUUCAAUGAAUGGAAUUGGUAUUGGUACAUUUUGUAUACAUUCACAAUAUAAGUAUAUAGCAUUAGCUGAAAAAGGUAUUAUACCAAAUGUAUGCAUUUAUCAAUAUCCUGAUAUAAAAUUAUAUCGUAUAUUAAAAGAAGGUACUCAAACUGCAUAUACUGCAUGUCAGUUUAGUCCAGAUGGUGAAUUAUUAGCUACAGUUGGCUCUGAUCCUGAUUAUACAUUAACAUUAUGGGAAUGGAGAAAUGAACAAAUUGUAUUAAGAUCUAAAGCAUUUUCACAAGAUAUAUAUCAUAUUGGAUGGUCAAAUGAUUUAUAUGGUCUAUUAACUACAGUUGGUAUUGGACAUAUAAAAUUUUGGAAAAUGGCUAAUACAUUUACUGGUUUAAAACUUCAAGGGAAAUUAGGCAAAUUUGGUAAAAUUGAAUUAUCGGAUAUUGAAGGAUUUGUAAUAUUACCUGAUGGUAAAGUAUUAACUGGUUCAAUAUGGGGUAAUUUACUUCUAUGGGAAGGUGAUUUAAUUAAAUUACAAAUAACACGUAAAAAUAAACGACCAUGUCAUAAUGGGAAUAUUAUGCAAAUUAUUAUAGAUGAAGGUGAAUUAAUGACAAUUGGUCAAGAUGGUUGGAUUCGAACAUGGGAUUUUGAAACUGUGGAUACAGCGGAAUCUUCAGAAGAAGGUGGAUUCUAUGAACUAGAACCAAUGAAUGAAUUACGUGUUGGAAUAAAAGCUAAUUUAAUGCAUAUUGUAAAAAUUCCAUUACCUGAUUCUACAAUGUGGUAUGCUCAAGAUGCCGAUGGAGCUAUAUGGAAAUUAGAUUUAUCCUUUUCACAUACAUCAUUAGCACCAGACUGUUUAGAAGAGUUCCAUGCUAAUGAUAUUGUUGAUUGUGUAACAUCACCGUCCACUUAUUGUGCAGCUACAGUUGGUCUUGAUGGUAAAGUAUGCAUUUAUGAUAUUGUUCAAAAGAAAAUCCUUGUUUCAAGACGAUUUCCAUCAGGUGGUUCAUCAUUAAUUUGGAGUCCACCACAAGUUGAUCCAAAAGGGAAAAUUUUAAUUGUUGGCCAUCAAGAUGGUGUAUUACGUUUAAUCAAAUUUGGUGAAAAUUCAGAAGAAUUAAUAAAACGUACAAAACAACAAUAUGCUUUAUUAGAUCUUGGACAAGUACUUAAACCGCAUACAUUAGCAAUUACAUCAAUGAUUUAUAGUCCAUCAGGGAAAUUAUUUAUAACUGGAAGUAAAGAUGAAACUGUUUUCUUUUUUAAUGUACAUACUACUCAUUUAUCACCUAUUGGUUUUAUUCAUGUUCAUGGAAAAGUCGUAAGAUUAGAAUGGUUUUCUAUGAAUAAUAAAGAAAUGAAUGAAAUUAUUGUUUAUUUAGAAAAUGGUUGUGUAUUAACUGUACAAUGCCCAUCAGAAAAUGAAAAAUAUGAUCAUUCUAAAACAUUUGCAUUAUCUAAUAUUAAAAUAACUAAAUCCUAUCAAUUCAUGAGUAUCAAAUCACGUUUAGAUCAUGAAGAAUAUACAAUGAAUAAAUUAGCACAAUAUGAAAAAGAAAAACAGAAUAGACAAGAAAUUCGACGUAUGAAUGCAAGAUUACAACCGGAAACUGAUGAAGAUAAACAAAAAUUCGAUACUGCCGAGGAGGUUAUUUAUCAAGGUGUACUGUCUGAAAUUGCUAAUUGGACACCUUCUUAUCCAUCAAAUCCAUCACCAUUACUUUAUGGAUGUUUGGAUAAAAGCGAACCAAAUCAAUUUUGGGUAUCUCUAGAUGAUUUCGAUAAAGGAUAUUUAUAUAGAUGUGAAUUAGGUGGUCCAUUAUUAACUAUUGAUGAUACCAUUGAAAAACUACGUCAAACAAAUAAACAAACAGAAGAACAAAAUCAGUUAAAUGAUUUAGUUACCAAGGUAACAAAUUUAGAACAAUCCCAAGAUGAUGAUACAAUAAUCAAUAAUGAGAAAAUCGAUAAUCUAGAAAUAAUUGAUCCAAAUCAUAUUACAUUAUUAAAUCGAAUUCAUGCAACCGAACCAAAUAAUGCAAUUUGUAUAUUAAAUAAAAAAGAUACAUCUAUUACAUUUUGGACAUUUUGUAAUUCUGGUUAUCGUUUAUUGAUUGGUUUUAAUGAUGGUACAAUAUGUAUACAAUUAUUAGAUAAACCAUUUGAUUUAACAAAAUUUAAAGGAUAUUGGAUGUAUCGUUUACAUGAUAAUCAACGUGGACGUGUCAAUCGUAUAGCGCUUACAUAUGAUGAAAAAUUUGUUUUAAGCGCUGGAAGUGAUGGAACACUUUUUGUCUGUGAACUUAUGACAGAAGAAAUGCAAGAUAAAGAAAUUAAGGAGUAUCGUGCACGAAUUCCAUCUACAUUUGAUACUAGUGUAAAAGUACAUGACAUCAUUGAUCCAAAAGCUUAUAGUAUUGAAGAAACUAAACAAAAAUCAGAACAUGAUCGUCUUGUAGAAUUAGCAGAAAGAAAGAAAGCGGAAACCAGACAAAAAGUAGCAGAAUUGAAAGAUCGUUUAAGAAAAUUAAAAGAACAAAACAAUCGCCUACCAGAAAGAAUUCGUCUACCAACGGAGGCGUUCAAUUUAGUUCCACAAAUUCGAUAUGACCUACUCAAAGAUCGUGAAACUGAAAUUGAUUUGGUCUAUAGAGAAACAGCUUGGGAAACUGAAAAAAAUAGGUUGGCAUUAGAAAAAUUAGAGAAUGUAUUCAUAAAGCCGUUAGAUUGUGAUCGUAUAACUGUCAAAGCAUUUUGUAGUGGUCACUGUGUAACUUCAAUACGUAUGAAUAAAUUAAGUGAAGAACACAUGAAAGCCUAUGAUGAGAUAAUUAGUAUUCGAGAAAAAUCAUUGAGCAAAGAAAAAGAAGACACAGUAAAGCAUUCUACACAAUUAGAUGUAACUAGUACAUUGGAACAUGAAUCUGAAAAGAUUAAAAAUGUUACUAAUCAAGUUAAUACAUCAAUAAAAGGAGCACGGGGUUUAAGAAUUGCACAAAAGUUACAUUUACUUGAGGAAUCUAGACGAAAACGAGAUGCUCGUCGAGCUCAGUGGAAACAAUUAGAAGCUAUGAAACCAGCUGAUGAUUAUGAAGAUCCAAGAGAUAUGAAAGAAAUUCAAUUGGCUAAAGAAAAAAUAGGUGAUUAUAAAUUGAAAUCAGCAACUAAUUAUGUAAUACCUGAAAGUAUGAAAUUGAAUACAUUUGAAGCUAAAUAUAAACUUCUUAAUCUUGUGGAUCAUGUGUAUCAAUUAAGUCAUGAAUUCAAUGUAUCAUUAAUUGGAUUACGUAAUAAAAAAAUGAAAAUUAUAGAAAAUUUGAAAAAAAUUGAUAAACAAUUAAAAUAUAUUAAUUGUAAUUUACCAUUGAAUGAAUAUGGUAUACGUUUACAUAUUGAUAAACUUGAUGAAGAUGAAUAUCCUGAAAGAAAAUUCAUAUACAACAAUGAGAUUCUAUUGAAUUUUAAAGAGAAUUUAGAAACGAAUAAACAAACAGAACAAACUAAUGUCACCAUAGCAACAACAAUGAAGAAACCAUCAAAUAAAAUACUUUCAUUUACUGAUUGUAUUCCACCUGAAGAACGUUGUCAUUGGAAAGAACCAGAAAUUAUCAAAGAAUUCCGUAAUCUCAAUACGAUUGAUUGUAAUGAUGAAACAGAUACUAUAGAUGUUAUUUGGUUUCCAUUACAUUGUUUAGCAUCAGAUUAUUAUAAUCUAACUAUAUUAAAUAAUUCAAAUCAAAAGUAUUCUUUAUUAAAACCAUCAUUACAUAAUGUAUUUGAUGAAAUGUCAAUCAAUAAUCCAUUAUAUAAUAAUGAAACGAUAGAAGAACAUCCACAGCAACAAGAAAAUCAAACAAAAGAUACCGAUGAUACAAUAAAAAUAUCAAUAUAUCAUCCAAUAAGACCAGAUAAAAUGAAUUCCUACAUAAUGAAUGAGAAUCAAACGGAAGAUAUAAAUUUAAAUGAAAUCAAUCAAAGUAGUACAAUGUUACCAUCGUUAGAAAUGGAAUAUGAAGAACAAAAAUGUAUUAAAGCAAUUUAUUAUCGUAAUCAUUUAUUACAAUUAGCUAGUCGACUAGUUCGUUGUUUUGAUAGAGAAAUUCAUUUAUUCCGUCAUCAACGUUAUCAAUUAGGUGUAUUAUUAAAACGUUCUGAAUUAUAUCAAUGUACAUUAUAUAAUGAAUAUUGUUUAUUAAAAGAAUUUGAAAAAUCUGAAUAUGUUUUAAUGGAAAAAAUGAAAAAUAGAUUAGAAGAAAAACAAGAUAUUACUAAUAAGGUAAAUGAAUUAACUUUGAAACUUGAACAAAAAAAGAAAGAUCUAGAACGUCUUUCUGAACGUGAACAUCAAAUUCAUGAAGAAUUUAAAACAAGUUUAGAUGAUUCACAUAAAUUUAUAGAAUUUCUUACAAAAGUAUUUAAAAAACGUAUUAAACGAAAGAAGCAAGAAUUAAUUCAUUCAGGUUCUGAAGAUGAAUCAGAAGAAUCUUCUUCAUCAUCAUCAGAUGAUGAUGAUGAUUCCAGUUACGAAGAAAUAGAUGAUGAAAAUGAAGAUGUUGUUAUUAUGGAUUUAGAUACAUGUCCACCAGGUUGUCCAAUGGAAGAUUUUGAACGUACUUGUUUAAUUAGAGAGAAACGUCUAGAUGUUGAAGAAGAAAUGACUGAAGAAAAGAAAACAUUAGAUAUAUUACGUAAAGAUUUAGAUAUAUUUACUAAAAAACAACGUGUUGUUGAAACAACAUUAAAACAAGCUCAAAAUGAAUUGGAAGCAUUUCAGUUAGAAAAACAACGUAAAUUGAAUGAAUUGGAAAUUGUUGUUAUAUUACGAUUAGAUCAAAUAGCUCAACAUUCUAUUCCAUCGGAUAUGACAAAUAGUUUAAUAUUUUUAAAGCAGAAUUUGUAUUCAUUACAAAAACGUAUUCAUGAAUUAGAAUUAGAGCAGAAACAACAAAGAAUUGAAAGAAACCAAGCAAGAACACAUCAUAUUAUGUUACAGAAAUAUAAAAAAUUAUUUCAGAAAGAAAUAGAGAAAUUAUCAGCUUUAUGUGAUAAAGAAAUGAAUGAUAAAUUUGGUAGAAUAGAUGAUAUUGAAAAAAUGGAAAGUGUUAUAGUAAAUCCUAAACUAGAAGAUUUAACAACAAAAAUGUUGGCACUACAAGAGGAAUUCACAAAAGAAGAAGCGAAUAUAGAGGCUAAAAUACGUGAUGCAAGAGAUUCAUGUAUGGGACAAAUACGUCAAAAUACGGUUUAUUUAACAAAAUUAUUAACACUUUUCAAUGAAAAUCAACAAUUACAAAAUGAUUUAAAUCAAGCAAAUGGUGCAAAAAUUGGAACUAUUCAAAGUUCAUUAGGAAUUGUUGAUUCGAAACAAUUAAAACAACUUUCACAAUUAGUUAAAUUACAAAGUGAUGAGAUUAAUAGUUUAACACAAGAAAUUCAAAAACUUUCACGAUAAAAAUAUUUUUUUAUUUAAGUGACCUGGGUUCGACUCUUGAUACGGAAGAGCUGACGAACUGACUGUGACGUUUUCUUCUUCUUCUUUUCUCAUUUCCAUAAUCAUUUUCGAUGAAUUUGUUUAUUCAUAGUCGUGUCGAACUGAUCAUAUAACUGCAUAAGUUUACAUUGAACACAUAAUUCUUGUAUGAAGUUAAACAGUGUUUUGUUUGUUUGAACACAUAGGUAUUGGUACAAGGGGUCACCAGAUAUAUAUGCGCCACACAAAUCUCAUUUGAUUUGUUUGAGGGAGGGAUACUGCCUGGGUGCUUAAGCCGAAGCAGGUGGUUUUCUUGAAGAGACACAUCCGGAGCCUUCAACCUAAAGGUCUGCUCCACAAGGCAGUGGAGCAUCGUAAGGAUAUGCAGUCCCAUGGAAGCCGGUGACCAACGAUUGGUUCGUACGCCAUUUUUUUCCUUCAGAAUCCUGGACCUCAUAUGCACUAUUGGUUUGGAAUGAGGGUUUUCCAACUCCUCUAGGUGGACUCUCUAUGUCCACCAACCCGGUUAAAGCGCCGGACAUUUGCAGUACAAUAAUUUUUUAAGUACUUUCUAGGGUAUCUAUAAAUAAUAAAUAAUUUACAAUGAGGUUCGUUAUUGUUAAUGAAGAAGAAAUAGAGACGGUUUGAGAAAGAAAGUUUUCUUUCCAGUGAUAUUAUUCAUUAAUGAAGUACAAUUGUUCAUAUAGUGAACAGUUUAUUGGAAAUCAAAAAGAUCACAUUAUAAAAUUUUCGAAUACUUGGAGUACUACAAGAAGGUUACGAAACAGUCAGUCAGCUACAAUGUAGAGCCAGGCAAAUAUGUGCAUCAGUCCAUUGUUUACGAUAGUGACGUGGACCCUAACCAAAUAGUCUGCAUCUAUCGAAAUGGCUUAGACCACGUUGCGUAACGGUCUUAAAAGAUUCAAGGGAAAUAAUAAUAUUUAUCUUCAGUAAGAUUUAUCUUCCAAAAUUAUCAACAGUCAAAUGAGUGAACUCAUAGGAUGUACGAAUAACAAACUUGGUUAUUGUAGACAAUUUAACGAUUCAAAGGUUUAAGUCAGAACUAUUCAGGCAAAAUCAGCUCAUAGAAUUACUCAUUCUAGCUAUCCACACCAACCUUUUUUUGUUUUUCUUACUCAGCAGUCAGUUAUUAUCACCGUGCAUUUUUUUCUUAGUUUUUUUCAUGUUUAUCAAGUGGAUGAUUAUCAUUCAAAUUUUCGACCCUUAAACAAUUUUCAUUAUACUGUUUCUCCAUAACUUUUAGACCAAAACACCAUCUUCAUCUGAUACUUGGAAUUUCAAUAUACUUAACGGUAUAACCUUAUUUUAUUUUCUGAUAUAUCACUAUGUUUGUGUCAGAAGAGAUUUUGUGGAGAUUGUAGUAAUUUCAAUAGUUGAGAUCAUGAGUCAACAGGGGCUAGACUACCACACAGUACCUGGAAACACUGGACGGCUGUUUCGUCCUGUUGUGAGACUGUUCAGCAGUGCGCGUUCACGGCCCCACCUCGCGGGACUCGAAGCCAGGGCCUAUCAGUCUUGCGCGCGAGAGCUUAACCAUUAGACCAUUGAGUUGGUCGGUAUCCAGCGGUGUUAAUGUCUAAUUUCAACUAAUCCACGAAAUUCAGCGAAACACCCACUAUUGUCAUCAGUGAGUUGCUAUCUCAAAACUGACCCGGUUGAACUCCACUGAUGAUAUCAUAUUGAAAUUGAUAUUUGAGUAACUGCUUAUCUAUGAAAUUUCAUUGCUUGCAAGAGAACUACAUUGGUAAUUAUGAUAAUAUUACCGAUGAGUAACUGUUCAAAAUCUGUCGACCAUCUAGUCGAAUAUUCAAGAAAGUCAAUCAGUUGUUUUCUUGAUUAUUAUUAUUUUAACACAUAGAUAUUGGUACAAGGAGGCACAUAAUACACAUGCGCCACACAAAU